UGUGGAUAGGCUGCACUAUCUUGUGGUGCUCUGUGAAUAUUAUUCACCACGAACCUCCAUACAGGGAGAGACACAAUUCAUCAACACCUGUCAAGUUCGUCUUCAGGAAUGAGUGCUACAGCCACAGAGAGCCGGAGUGAGAGAGAGAGCCAGAGGGAGAAGAGGGAGAGAGGGAUACACACUUUCUCAUCUGCUCCUCCACUGUGGCGGGGAAGGCAGAUACAGAGUGAGCGAGCGCCAGAAACAGAUGAGAGUAAUGCAGCGUGAGGAGGGGGACAUCCAUCCACAUGAGGAACUGCAGUCAUUUGAUGACCUUCUGAACCAAGUAUCUUCUGUUGGCUUUCUGCAAUCAACAUGAAGAAAAAGGACUUCAGCGUUUGGUCAUAGCUGAUAGUAUGCACAUUGCUGAAACACAAGUUUGGACUUAACUACAAAUGGUUUGGUGUUGCAGUAUCCGACAAUCGAAAUGUGGUGACAAUGUUGGGAGGAGAAAAACCACCACAUAUUAAGGGGAAUCUAUUGACCACACAGAGAUUAACAAAGUGAACCAGAUUGCAAAGUUAUUUUUAUGGGGAAACUGUAUGAAGUGAUUCUUUGGACUGCACCAUGUAAAAACUGCAAGCUAAUGUGCUUUGUGAAAUGGACUGUGAACCUGUGAGUCUGUGGGUGUGUUUGUGUAUACCCAUGGGGGUAUGACACAGUGGAGGUGAGAGGAGAAGACAUUUCUGGAUCAUUAUUUCUUUAAAAUGAGAGGUUCAGCUGACGUGACUGUAGUCUCCUGUCUUUUUUCUCUGGUGGUCUUCCUAUGUGUUAUCUCCAAGAGUUGCUAUGGGACCCAGGGCAAUCUAAGCCCACAUGCCAACACUAACCCCAGCCUGUUCCCAAGCCAGAGUCCUAAAUCACUGCCAGGACAAACCCUACUUCCAAGCACCAGUCCUGAAAAUGCCAUGUCUCUACUGAAGCCUAGCCAGCUCUUGAGAUCCAAUCAGAGUCUUCGCGGAAAGUCUCAGUCAAUACCUAGACUUGACACUAUAUCUAAUCUUACUGAAAACUAUGGGUUCAACACAAACUUUACACUGGCUGUCUUCAAGGGUGUAUCAAGCUCAAACACUAAACUGAUGUCACAGCAUGAACCAAAUGUAGCAAGACCUAUCUUCCACAAUUUAAAACAAUCUUCAACCCCCCUCCAAACCAAUCCAAAACCAAGGACUGAAUCACUGUCACAGUCAAUUCCCAAAGCAGUCCCACAUUUGGUUGUGACUGGGUCUGAGAGAAAUUCUGAGUUAGCCACCAACACUAAAUUCUCUUCACUAUCCAGUUCUCAUCAAAAAGCUAAAGCACUGGACACUAUGAACCCCAGGACCUACAACAAAGCCAACCGGACUUCCCUAUCUUUUCCUAAAUCCUACUCCAAAUCUACAAAGACAAAUACCAAAUCAGACUCAAAGAUCUCCACUCUAAACUCCAGAACAUCCUUUAGAGAACAAAGAAAUCAGACCAAGUCAUUGGACACAGACAAGGAUUCCCAACAUCGGCCCAAGAGAGGCUGGAUCUGGAAUCAGUUCUUUGUUUUGGAAGAACACAUUGGAUCUGAAGCUCAGUACGUCGGAAAGCUCCACUCCAACUCUGACAAAGGCGAUGGCUCCGUGCGCUAUAUCCUAUCUGGUGAGGGGGCAGGAUCUAUCUUCAUCAUUGACGAGGCAACAGGUGACAUCCGUGCUACCAAGAGUCUGGACCGCGAGAAGAAGUCACAGUAUGUCCUACACGCUAGGGCCAUUGACCGGAGGACAAACUACUCUCUGGAAGCAGAGUCAGAGUUCAUCAUUAAGGUCCAGGAUGUAAAUGACAACGCUCCAGAAUUCCCCAAUGGACCAUUUUCAGCCACUGUGCCUGAGAUGUCUGAUGUUGGUACAUCAGUUUUCCAGGUGACAGCGUCAGACGCAGAUGACCCGACCUAUGGUAACAGCGCCAAGAUAGUUUAUAGCAUCCUCGAGGGACAACCAUACUUCUCUGUUGAUGCUAAGACAGGUGUCAUCCGUACAGCUGUGUCCAACCUGGACCGUGAGAACAGGGACAACUACGCUGUGGUGAUUCAGGCCAAAGACAUGGCAGGCUCAGUUGGAGGACUGUCAGGAUCCACUACUGUCAACAUCACCCUCACUGACGUCAAUGACAACCCUCCAAAGUUUCCACAGAAGAGCUACCAGCUGUAUGUACCAGAAUUGGCUCCAGUAGGGAAAGCAGUGGGUCGGAUCAGAGCCACGGAUGAAGAUGAGGGGCAGAAUGCUGAAAUGACCUAUAGGAUCACUAAUGCAGAUGCUGCUGCCAUCUUCACCAUCAACACUGAUGCCGACCGCAGAGAGGGGAUCAUUUCCCUCAAGCAGCCACUGAACUAUGAAAAGAGAAAAGUGCACACGCUCAACAUUGACGGAUCAAACACUCACCUAGACGCCAGCUUUUCACACCUGGGGCCGUUUAAGGAUUCCACAUCACUUCGAGUCAUUGUGGGGGAUGUGGAUGAACCUCCUGUGUUCUCCAUGGACUACUACAUUAUGGACACAUAUGAAAACUCAGCUAUUGGUACCCAGGUUGGCACCAUAACUGCUGUGGACCCUGAUAGCACAAACAGCGCUAUAAGGUACUUCAUAGCAAAUGAAGAGGACAAACCUUUAUAUUUUACCAUCGGGGUCAACAGCGGCAUCAUCAGGACCACUCAGGUUCUAGACCGGGAGGUGACAGCAUGGCAUAACAUCACUGUGAUGGCAGCAGAGGUUGAUAACCCACGUAUGGUGAGUCAUGUUCCAGUCACAAUCCAGGUCCUGGAUGUCAAUGACAAUAUCCCAUCUAUCUUUGGGGCCAACACUGCCAUCACAGUAUGUGAGAGCACCAAACAUGGACAGGUAAUUCAAACCAUCCAGGCAGCAGAUCUGGACAACUUUGCAAAUGGAAAGUUCUCCUUCUAUGUACCUGAUGAUUAUCAAGCUAACACAAAUUUUACUGUGAAGGACAAUGGAGACAGUACGGCCAGUAUUGUAUCUCGUUUGCAUGAAGGCUUCAUUCAGGACAAACAUCAGGAGUUCUUCAGCCUAGUAGUGGUGGUGACUGACGGUGGGGAGCCCCCUCUCAGCAGCACGGUUACACUCUCCCUCAGAGUAUGUGUGUGUCAAAGAAACACCAGAGGGCGCAACAGCAACAUCUGCCAGGCACAGGCCUUCUUUUCCUCAGCUGGGCUCAGCACUGGGGCCUUUGUGGCCAUACUCCUAUGUAUUGUUAUAUUAUUAGCGAUAGUGACACUGUUCUCCCAGCUACGAAAUAAGAAAGCAAGCAAAGAGCCCUUGAUUCUUGCUGAGGAGGACAUCAGAGAAAAUGUGGUAACCUAUGAUGACGAGGGAGGUGGGGAGGAGGACACUGAGGCAUUUGACAUUGCUGCACUUAGAAAUCCCAAAGGCUCCAAGCCUUGCAGGAAGUUACACACCUACAUCAGUCAUGGACCAAGCUCAUACAGUGAGGAUGACGAGAUUGAGGAUGACAUGGAGGGGAUUGUGGUGGUGAAAAGAAAAACUAGGGAGGUGGAUUAUAGGAACUAUAGUCCAGAGUCCGAACCUGCCUGGUUUGUCAUUGACUAUGUACCUCGAAACAUCAGCCAGUCAGCCCCUUCACUCCUUCUAGAUGGUCAUGACAUAUUUCAGCAGAUCAUACAGCAGAAGGUGGCCAAAGCAGACUCUGACACUCGGGGCCCACCUUAUGACUCUCUUCAAACAUAUGCCUAUGAAGGCCUUGGGUCUUUGGCUGGGUCAGUUAGUUCUCUGGGACUAACUCAAGGAGUGCCUGAACUGAACAAUGUCGACCUUGAAGACUGGGAGCCAGAGAGACAAACACUUGAAAAAAUUGUUGGAGAGCAACAGGCUACCUGCGAAGUUAACCCGGAUUCUUAAAAAAUAUUUUCAGUUAUUUUCUAUUUUUUUCUACAUUUGUUUGUUAUUUGUUGUUGCAAAUUUUACUUGUGCCAUUUAAACCUGGUCACACAAUACUGCCAACAAAACCAGUCAGUCAGUUAGGGACUGGGAUAUCAUGUAAAAGAGGAUGUGAAAAGCCAUUUAUAUGUAACUGGAGAAAAUAACACGGUCUGAAUGGGAACAUAUCCUAGCUUGUGUACUUUGCUGAAAUGGACAAAAUCCAAAGACAAGCAGGACUUUCAAGAGACAUGCCAAUAAAAUGUGUUGUUGCUGUCCUGUGCUCCUCAAAA